AUGCGCUUCUCAGUUAUCGUCCCCCUCAUCUGCACGCUCGCGGCUUUCGUGCUGUCGAUGCUCUGUCUUUUUGCGGGUUCGAAACCGAACUUCAUGCAAGACUUUGAGAUUAUCACUCUCAACACCUCCAGCCUCGGCCACGACACCUCUCCCACAACCUCCAGCACCUCCUCCUCACCAACCUCAAUCGGGUCAUGGCUCAACAACAUCGCCGGCGAUCCCAAGGGGGAUAUCAUGAACGAAUUCAACGAGAUCCGUGGUGAUGUGGCGGAUAAGCUCGCGGAGAAGCUGGGGAUCCAUCAGUGGUAUAACUUGCACAUGACGGAUAUGUGUAUGGGCACCUACACGCCGAGGGCGACGGAUAGGGGGGCGAAGAUGAAUGUUAGUGGGUGUACGCCUAUGAAGGCUAUGUACCACUUCGACCCAACCUCCCAACUCCAGAAAGAACUUGAUUCCGGCCCCCUAGCAGGAAAAAUCAACCUCGCCGACCUCGGCUACUCAGACGACAUCAAGAACGGCAUCAAAGCCUUCAACAUAGCCAUGACCGCCAUGUUCAUCCUCUACUGCAUCGGCGCCGCCGCCUCCGGGCUCUGCAUCAUCCUCGCCUUGAUCUCCUUCUUCUCCACAGGCCGCUUGACAUCAUGUCUCAAUUUCCUGUUGGCGAUCGUGGCGUUCCUGGCGCUGGCGAUAUCGAGCGCGAUCGUGACGGCGAUUAUUGUCAAGGCGACGGAGGUGGUGAAUCAGUAUGGUAAUGAUGUCGGGUUGUAUGCGUAUAAGGGACACAAGUUUUUGGCGAUGACGUGGGGGGGGACGGCGGCGAUGGGGGUGGCGAUGGGGGCGUGGGUGGUUAUUUUUUGUAUGGGGAGGAAGGAUUCAAGGAGGGCUAGUGAGAAGCCUUAUUAG